GGCGGCGAGGAGGCGCCGGGCCCCCGCGGGGCUUUGCCGCCGGUCCUUCCCCGCUGUGGUGAGCCCUGCGCGGGCAGGUGCGGCGGGCGAGGCCGCUGCCCCGCGGCGGGCCGGCGCACGGAGGCUUCGUCAAUGGAAGUAUGUUACCAGCUGCCCGUGCUGCCGCUGGACAGGCCGGUGCCGCAGCACGUCCUCAGCCGCAGAGGGGCCAUCAGCUUCAGCUCCAGCUCCGCGCUCUUCGGCUGCCCCAACCCCCGGCAGCUCUCGCAGAGACGUGGAGCAAUUUCCUAUGACAGCUCUGAUCAGACUGCAUUGUACAUUCGUAUGCUAGGAGAUGUGCGAGUAAGAAGUCGGGCAGGAUUUGAAACAGAGAGAAGAGGUUCUCAUCCAUACAUUGAUUUCCGUAUUUUUCACUCAAAUUCUGAAAUCGAGGUCUCUGUGUCUGCAAGAAAUGUGAGAAGGUUGCUUAGUUUCCAGCGAUACCUGAGAUCUUCCCGUUUUUUCCGUGGUAUCACUGUUCCAAAUUCUUCAAACAUUUUAGAUGAUGAUUAUAAUGGACAAGCAAAGUGUAUGCUGGAGAAGGUUGGAAAUUGGAAUUUUGAUAUUUUUCUUUUUGAUAGACUGACAAAUGGAAACAGUCUAGUCAGCUUAACCUUUCAUCUGUUUAAUCUACAUGGACUAAUUGAACACUUCCAAUUAGAUACGAUGAAACUUCGUAGAUUUUUGGUUAUGGUUCAAGAAGAUUAUCACAGUCAAAAUCCUUAUCAUAAUGCAGUUCAUGCUGCUGAUGUGACUCAGGCCAUGCACUGUUACUUAAAAGAGCCCAAGCUUUCCAAAUCUUUAACUCCAUGGGAUGUCCUGCUCAGUUUAAUAGCAGCUGCCACACAUGAUUUGGAUCACCCAGGCGUUAACCAACCUUUCCUAAUUAAAACAAAUCAUUAUUUAGCGACUUUAUAUAAGAAUACCUCAGUAUUAGAGAACCAUCACUGGAGAUCGGCAGUGGGGUUGCUGAGAGAAUCUGGUUUAUUUGCACAUAUGUCAUUAGAAAACAGGCAGCUGAUGGAGAGCCAGAUAGGUGAUCUCAUUCUUGCUACAGACAUCAGUCAACAAAAUGAGUACCUGUCCAUGUUCCGAUCCCAUUUGGAUAGAGGAGAUCUAUGUUUAGAGAAUGCAAACCAUCGUCACUUCAUCUUACAGAUGGCUUUGAAGUGUGCAGAUAUUUGUAACCCCUGUCGGACAUGGGAGCUGAGCAAGCAGUGGAGUGAAAAAGUAACAGAGGAGUUCUUCCAUCAAGGCAAGUAAGAGUAGAAGUAUCUGUUAGUAUAAAAUGUAUUUAGUGUGGUGAAAGCAUCCAUGACCCCUAGACCGUUUAUAUUUAGCACUAGCAGGGAUGUCCAGUAUGGGAUUUUUUUACUUUCAUGGGUUGUGUUUCCUGCAAAAGGUCAGUUACUAAAGCUCUGCAGCAAAUCUGAACCUGAAAUGGCUGAUGCAAUACAUCCUUUUGUAUAAAGGGGCUCCAGAUUAAUAAUUAUGGCCACUUUGAAAUUGCCCUAGCAGUUUCAGCAAAUUAUGGAAUAUGUUCAUCAUGUGUCUUCAAUAUUUAAACUUAAGCUCUAAGGCUGGUUGGUAAGCAGGUAAGAGCCAGGGAGGUUUUAGUUACUGUGAGCAAUUAAUAAACCCUUUAACUGACUAAUGGAGUGAAUUUGCUCCAUUUUUAUUAAAUUGUUUUACAAUACAAUUAAGGCUAGUUUGGUGGACUUGAGACCUCCUAAUUUGCAUGUGAAUAUGGUAAAUGGGGAACAUUUAUUUAUUUAUUUAUUUGAUGCUAAUUAUGUGAGACUUAAUCUUAGAUAAAGGUGAUGGGGAAGCAGAAACAAAAUUGCCUUUAGCGAGAAAUUUCUGAAGGCUAAGCUAUCCUCUUCCAUAUUGCUGAGGGGGGAUUAAUUUGUAAUUUCUUUGACAAUGUAGGAGGUUUUGCAAGAAAGAGGAUGGUAAUCCUUCAGGAAACCUGUGUGGUUCUAUGGGGUUUCUGUAAUUACUGUUUGAUGAAAAACACCAAGUGUUUAAAUGCAGUUGUAAGUAUUGUCAUCUGACAGAUCAACUUGGUUUUUUGUGAGAUGGGAAGAGAAUUAAAUGCAUACCACCAGCUGCAGGGUAGUGUCCUUGUUAACCAGCACUUCUGUUAGUGUUUGAUUUGUUUGGGACUUGAUGAUUUAAUGGUUGCCUUUUACUUUUGUUUCUUUAGGUGAUAUUGAAAAAAAAUAUCACUUGGGUGUGAGUCCACUUUGUGACCGACAGACAGAAACUAUUGCCAACAUCCAGAUUGGUUUUAUGACUUACUUAGUGGAACCACUGUUUGGGGAAUGGGCCCGGUUUUCCAACACGAGGCUGUCACAGACAAUGCUUGGCCACCUGGGACUGAACAAGGCGAGCUGGAAGGGAGUGCAGAGGGAACAGUUGGGCAGCGGUGACGAUGUUGACCCCACCUUUGAGGAAAUGGACUCAGACAUUUUACCUCAGGAACCUCGAUUGUCCUGACCUCAAUCUCCAUGACAAAACUGCCUCUUCCCUCGGUAUCUGCACGGUUGGAUUAAAGGAGACACAUGCCAGCCCAAGGUUUUGGUAAAACGGUAAAAUGAUGCCAGCAUUAUUUAUUUCCAAGUUUUCCUUUGACACAGACCAUUUGACCCAGAAUUUUUUUAAGCCGCCAGAUCUGAACAUAGAGCAAUAUGCACCCGCCUCAGUUGGUUGUCGUUCGGAACCUCGAAUAUGCAAAGCACAGCAGUGACUGAGCCUUGGCACAAUGGGACGAAAGCUUCAUUGUGCCCCGUGGCUUGGGUUUUCUCACGAUAUUUGGAAUACGGUCUUCAAAUCUAAGACUUGACACGGAUUAUUUCACUCCCUUGGAAUUUAGCAAGACUUGCAUAAAUGUGUUCAAAGCAUACCUUCCACUCAGUCCCUGUUUUAAUACGGAAAUGUGAAGUGCCCAUCCUCUGCUGCCUCUGGCAAGACUUGAUGUUUACAAAUGUACUCUGAAACUAUCGGUUCUAGACUUAACCUUUGCGCAUGGCUGUGAAGGAACCACUAACUUGGGUUUUUUGCUUUUUUAAAAGAAAAAGAUCAAAUCUGAGACUGCAGCUCUUGUUUCUUUGGAUGCCAGAAAAGCCUCCCAUUUGCCAUAAUUUUGUUUGUGCACUGGGAACUGAGCAUUCAUCAUAGAGCACAGCCAAGCUUUACUCCAGUGCUAUAUGGGAAUGCAAUUUUUUAACGGCAAAAAAACCACUUCUGAAUCUGGGAAGGGAAGGGUGGGGGGGGGAAGCGUCCGAACUGCAUUGCGAUUCUGCAGUGGGAACAUCGCAUGUUGUUCUCACUAUUGUACACUUGAACUGCACAUGCAAGAAAAAGGUGGAAUGUCUAAACACCAUAAUCAGCUCAGGGUAUUUGCCAAUCUGAAAUAAAGUGGGAUGGGAAGCGUGUCCUUCAGAACAAGGGUACAAAUGCCCCUUUCGCUGCAGCGUGUGUGUAUGUGUGGGUGUGUGAGUACGUUUGGGACGGGGGAGGGCGGGAGGGCUCGGGGAAGGGUUUGAACGGCAACAUUUUUUCUUUUUUGUUUUUUGUUUUUUUUUUAAUUUAUUCUUUUAGAAUGUGACAAUUUCAUGAACAGCCACACUGGGGAGGAAACUGUAACAAAUUGCUACAGAUGCCUUAAACUAUGCACAAAGCUAAGUGACCAAAUUUGUUUUUGAUUUGAAAAAAAAAUAAUAAAAAAAAGUGCAUUGUUUACGUAUUCCUCCCUCUACUAAAACAUUACCCACUGAUGGGUUUUUGAUGGGAAAAGGAGAAAAUGUUUUUUAGGGCAAAAUUAAAGGACUAAUUUUAAACUUAAAACAUUCCAUUUUUGUAAUUUGUUUUACAUCGUUUUAAGUACAGUAAGCACAACUGUAAUCUAGUUUCAGAAACUGGUGCUUUCUUUUAGUUCAUUUGUAUUUCCCUGUUGUUAUUAUUGUAAAAGACUGUUUAUUAAUUCUGUUUACAGUUUGUUGCAACAGCCAUUUUUGGAAGAGAGCUUCAGCGUAAAGCCAUUUGUAAAGGCUUUGCCAUAUUCAUUUUAAUAUGUGCCUGUUGCUGUUAACUUUUAAUUAAUAAAACAAAAUCUUUUUCACAUUAUGCUCCUGUACAUUUAAGUUAUGAUUGAGUCCAGCGUUGUGGAAAGGUAGCUAAGGUUGCAGUCAGCUUCCACUGUAAAACUAAGCCAACUUUUGGAUUUGAAAAUACUAGUCCUCGUAUGCCAAAAUUUAUUGCCUCUUGGAGCUUGGCCUUUUACUGUUUGAAAAGCAAAUCCUGACUUACCUGAUUGUUUCCCUUCUAAAACUGUUUAUUAUUCUUUCAUGUUCCCUGAAGUAGUAUCAUUAAUCUCAAAGUGGCCAUGUUUAAAGAAAUAAAUUUCUAAUGAAACCUG